UCACGUGACGGAACGAAUACUACGUCUGAUAGGGCUUCGAUCAGACAACUGACCUGGUUACCGUCUGGAGCCACGAGAAGCAAAGUUGACAUUUCUGGAUCACUCCCCCCCAGAAGCGCCACUGGCCCGCUCCUGGGACAUGCAGACUCGCCGAGAGCCUGACACGCAGGGGUGGACAGGAGGGAGCCAGGCUGGGCAGCUGGAGGCCCGCUGAAGUUUCUUUCCUCCUCCCCAUCCCCCACCUCCGGACACACCACAUCUUGACUCAUACGGUGGAGAGAGAAAACUCUUUCGGUCAUUUGAUAUUUGGGAAACCUCCAGGAGACGGUAACUUAGUUUGGAGGACGCCUCCAUCUCUCCCUUUGCUGGGAACACGCGCGCACACACACACACACACACACACACACACACUCACUCUUACUCUCACUCACUCACUCACACCCGGCACUACACCAUGGUGGUUCAAGCUGCAGUGGCUCCGAAUAGAUCCCAGAGACUUUUACUGAAAAUUCCUUAUGGAUCGCUGAGAAGACGCAGCGUGGAGAGGAUGACGGAGGGCCGUCGAUGUCAAGUACAUCUUCUUGAUGACAGGAAGCUGGAACUCCUAGUACAGCCCAAGCUUUUGGCCAAGGAGCUGCUUGACCUCGUGGCAUCGCACUUCAAUCUGAAGGAGAAGGAGUACUUCGGAAUAGCCUUCACAGAUGAGACGGGACACUUAAACUGGCUUCAACUCGAUCGAAGAGUCUUGGAACACGACUUUCCCAAAAAGUCGGGACCAGUGGUUUUAUACUUUUGUGUCAGGUUCUAUAUAGAAAGCAUCUCAUACCUGAAGGACAAUGCCACCAUCGAACUCUUCUUCCUCAAUGCCAAGUCCUGCAUCUAUAAGGAGCUGAUUGAUGUUGACAGCGAAGUGGUGUUUGAAUUAGCCUCCUAUAUUUUACAGGAGGCAAAGGGAGAUUUUUCUAGCAACGAGGUGGUGAGAACAGAUCUGAAGAAGCUGCCAGCACUUCCCACGCAGGCCCUGAAGGAGCACCCCUCACUAGCCUACUGUGAGGACCGGGUCAUCGAGCACUACAAGAAGCUGAACGGGCAGACCAGAGGCCAAGCCAUCGUCAACUACAUGAGCAUCGUGGAGUCUCUUCCGACCUAUGGGGUUCACUAUUACGCGGUGAAGGACAAGCAGGGGAUACCAUGGUGGCUGGGACUGAGCUACAAAGGCAUCUUCCAGUAUGACUACCACGAUAAAGUCAAGCCCAGGAAGAUAUUCCAAUGGAGACAGUUGGAGAACCUGUAUUUCAGAGAGAAGAAGUUUUCCGUGGAAGUUCAUGACCCCCGCAGGGCCUCGGUGACGAGGAGGACAUUUGGACACAGCGGCAUUGCAGUGCACACGUGGUACGCGUGUCCAGCGCUGAUCAAGUCCAUCUGGGCUAUGGCCAUCAGCCAACACCAGUUCUAUCUGGACAGAAAACAGAGUAAGUCCAAAAUCCAUGCUGCCCGCAGCCUGAGCGAAAUCGCCAUUGACCUGACGGAGACGGGGACGCUGAAGACGUCCAAGCUGGCCAACAUGGGCAGCAAGGGCAAGAUCAUCAGCGGCAGCAGCGGCAGCCUCCUCUCGUCAGGUUCUCAGGAGUCAGAUAGCUCUCAGUCGGCCAAGAAGGACAUGCUGGCGGCCCUGAAAUCUAGGCAGGAAGCGCUGGAGGAAACGCUCCGCCAGCGGCUGGAAGAGCUGAAGAAACUCUGCCUCCGAGAAGCGGAGCUGACUGGCAAACUGCCCGUUGAGUAUCCCCUGGACCCAGGCGAGGAACCACCCAUUGUGCGAAGAAGAAUCGGGACAGCCUUCAAACUGGACGAACAGAAAAUCCUGCCCAAAGGAGAGGAAGCCGAGCUGGAACGCCUGGAGCGGGAGUUUGCCAUUCAGUCCCAGAUUACCGAGGCUGCCCGCCGCCUGGCCAGUGACCCUAACGUCAGCAAAAAACUCAAGAAGCAGAGGAAAACCUCCUAUCUGAACGCACUGAAGAAGCUGCAAGAGAUUGAAAGCGCAAUCAACGAGAACCGCGUCAAGUCUGGGAAGAAACCCACCCAGAGAGCCUCGCUGAUCAUCGAUGAUGGAAAUAUUGCCAGUGAAGACAGUUCCCUGUCAGAUGCGCUUGUUCUGGAAGAUGAAGACUCUCAGGUCACCAGCACACUGUCCCCCUUACAGUCCCCUCACAAGGGGCUCCCUCCUCGGCCACCAUCGCACAACAGGCCGCCUCCUCCUCAGUCCCUGGAGGGACUCAGGCAGAUGCACUAUCACCGCAACGACUAUGACAAGUCGCCCAUAAAGCCCAAAAUGUGGAGCGAGUCCUCUUUAGAUGAGCCUUAUGAGAAGGUCAAGAAACGUUCGUCCCACAGUCACUCCAGCAGCCACAAGCGCUUCCCCAGCACGGGGAGCUGUGCGGAAGCGGGAGGGGGAAGCGGCUCCCUGCAGAACAGCCCAGUCCGCAGCCUCCCGCACUGGAACUCGCAGUCCAGCAUGCCGUCCACGCCAGACCUCCGAGUCCGCAGUCCCCACUACGUCCAUUCCACGAGGUCGGUGGACCUCAGCCCCACGCGGCUGCACAGCCUCGCCCUGCACUUUAGGCACCGGAGCUCCAGCUUGGAGUCCCAGGGCAAGCUCCUGGGCUCGGAGAAUGACACGGGGAGCCCCGACUUCUACACGCCACGGACUCGUAGCAGCAAUGGCUCAGACCCCAUGGACGACUGCUCAUCGUGCACCAGCCACUCGAGCUCGGAGCACUACUACCCGGCGCAGAUGAACGCCAACUACUCCACGCUGGCCGAGGACUCGCCGUCCAAGGCGCGCGCACGGCAGCGACAGCGGGCGGCGGGCGCGCUGGGCGCGGCGAACUCGGGCAGCAUGCCCAACCUGGCGGCGCGCGGCGGCGGGCACGGCGUCUACCUGCACAGCCAGAGCCAGCCCAGCUCGCAGUACCGCAUCAAGGAGUACCCGCUGUACAUCGAGGGAGGCGCCACGCCUGUGGUGGUGCGCAGCCUGGAGAGCGACCAGGAGGGCCACUACAGCGUCAAGGCGCAGUUCAAGACCUCCAACUCGUACACAGCGGGCGGCCUGUUCCGAGAGAGCUGGCGCGGCGGCGACGAGGGCGACGCGGGUCGCCUGACGCCAUCGCGCUCUCAGAUCCUGCGGACUCCGUCGCUGGGCCGCGACGGCGCCCACGACAAGGGGGCGGGACGCGCCGCCGUCUCGGACGAGCUGCGCCAGUGGUACCAGCGCUCGAGCGCCUCGCACAGGGAGCAUAGCCGCCUGUCGCACACCAGCUCCACCUCCUCUGACAGCGGCUCCCAGUACAGCACCUCCUCCCAGAGCACCUUCGUGGCGCACAGCAGGGUCACCAGGAUGCCCCAGAUGUGCAAGGCCACGUCAGCUGCCUUACCUCAAAGCCAGAGAAGCUCAACACCAUCGAGUGAGAUUGGAGCGACCCCCCCCAGCAGUCCCCACCACAUCCUAACCUGGCAGACUGGGAGCUACGGUGACAGCUGCUUCCUGGACUCCGCCCUCUAUCCAGAACUAGCUGAUGUCCAGUGGUACGGGCAGGAGAAAGCCAAGCCCGGAACCCUCGUGUGAGCCAGCCGGCCUCCAUCUGACCACCUCGACGCCAUUCUGAGAUCACCUCACUGCCUCUCAUUUGCCUUACCCAGACGCACUGUCACCCUGCACCAGCUUCGGCCCCCAGCACUUUCGCUCUCCCGUCUCCGCAUCCCCUCACCCUCAAAAACAAACACAAAAAAAAACCUGACCGAGGAGACAUUCUGGAAGGCUCCGGUCCCACUGUGUGUCCCCUGGCUCUCUUGCCCAGAGAGCCAGGCACCAAUCCUCAAUGGCCCCUUGGUGGCUCCCCCACCUGCCGUGACAGCAUCCAGGCCAGGAACCGUCAGGGAGGCUGGCUGACAUCAAAUUCCUGUGGACGAGUGGCAUUGGUAGAGAACAGGACGGGGACUUAAGUACAGGGUGGUCCAGAAAGACGAUAAAAGCCGAGGCCAAGCUGCCACCUGUAGGCCAUCCAAACACUUGGCGAAGAGGGUGCCUCGUGGAAUAGUCGGUGCACAGCUGAAAUACUUCCUGGGAGCAGUGGCUGUUGGGGGAGGGAGGGGAGAAGGGGAAAAAAAAAAAAGAAGCUGAACACAUCAAGAGAUGCAUCAGAAGAUCACAAUCAGUUCUAUGCUGCCAAAGAUUUUAAAAAAAUGAAAAAAUACACAAAAAAUUAAGAGGGGCCAAGAAGACAUUCUUUCUGCAAUGACGUCUCUUUUAAAUCCUCAACUGCUACUGUAUUCCCCCCGCCCCGUGAAAGUCAACCGUCUGUACUGUCCCCCUCUUGUCCCCGCUCCCUUAACAUUCCACCUCCCGCCUCCACCGAGAGCCCGAGACACUAACCCACUGUGAGGGUCCAGUCGGGGGAGGCGGCUUGGCUGGCGUUGCUGACUUGGAGCUCCAUGAGCCUGGACCUGAAGGAGAACAGACCCGGGCAGAGGGCGGGGAGUAGCCGAGUGGACGCCCAGCCCUGGCCUUUGGAGGGGUAGGGGUUCAGGCCUAGACACAGAGCUGCUUUCCUCUGGGGCCUUGUAGGAAACAUAAGGUGAUGAUCGCUCAAAGUGAUUCUCAUUAAAACAACCAGUAAAAGUGAAUCCUGUUUUUUCCCCCCUGCA